CUUGGGUUAGGUUGGGUUUGGGGGGAAAUUUUGGAGAGUAAUUUGGCUUUUAGCCCACCAUUGAAGUUAGUCUUACUGUAUGUCGCCUCCAUCUGUCGAAUUUCUCUGAUCACUUUUUACUUUACAUGCAGAUGAUGAGACGAGCACGAGAGAUGCAUGCCUUGGAUCAACACCUCCUCCACAUCGAUCUUAUCAUCUCCAUGGGCAUCAACACCUCCCCCAGAUCGAUCUGAUCAUCUCCAUUGUUGUGUCCAGGUGUUGCCAUUCUCUCGACAUCAACUUAAUGAUCAAAUAGGGUUUUAACAAAUGUCCAACGCGGUCAGUGCAUGGCAGAAGCAUUCUUCCUUUUCCUUUUCUCUUUUCUUUCUUUAGUUAAUUUUUACUCUCUUUCAGAGAAUUGAUCCAACCCCAACACUCAAACAAAAUCUAGUCCUACUUAUUGUGAGUCUCUCUAAUUUGAAAUUAAAUGUCUUCACACACUUUUCCCGGGCUAAAAGCAGCUUUCUUUCUUCUUUUUAUAUUUACGACCCAGAUUCUAUAUUAAAUUCUCACCAGCUAUAAAAACCCAAUAGGGUUUUCUGAAGUUCAUCAAUUAGUUCUGAUCAAUUCUUCUGUCGGAUAUUGUAAUCAUCCUAUAUCGCAGAAGAAAUGGCUUCUGAGCUAGCUUCAGCUGAAAUGAGUUACAAGAUCGAAAAUCUGACUCUUAGAAAAGAUCCGUUGAACUGGUUCUCAAUCGGUGAGGCCGUACAGGGAAGCCAUUUGGACGAGGUGAAGCGUAUGGUGGAAGAGUACCGGAACCCUACGGUUAACGUCGGAGGGCGGGGCCUGACCGUUGGUCAGGUGGCGUCGGUUUCGGUACGUCAUGUGGUUGUUGAGCUGUGUAAGUCGGCAAGGGCGGCGGUGGAGGCAAGCAGCGUUUGGGUUAUGGAUGGUGUGAACAGCGGCAAGGAUUUAUAUGGGAUUACGACUGGGUUCGGUGCGAACUCGGACAGGCGGACGAAUCAAGGAGCGAAUCUGCAGAAGGAGCUCAUUAGAUUCUUGAAUGCUGGAAUAUUUGGCAAUGGGACAGAAGCUUGUCAGUGUCACACACUGACACUGCCACACUCAGCAACAAGAGCUGCAAUGCUGGUGAGGAUCAACACCCUCCUCCAAGGCUACUCCGGCAUCAGAUAUGAGAUUUUGGAAACCCUCGCAACGCUUCUUAACCGCAAUAUUACUCCCUGCCUGCCCCUCCGUGGCUCCAUCUCUGCAUCCGGCGAUUUGGUCCCUUUCGCAUACAUUGCCGGCCUCUUAACUGGCCGUCCUAAUUCAAGGGCCAUGGGACCCUCAUGCGAGCCCCUUGAUGCCGAACAGGCAUUCCAGCUUGCGGGACUAAACAAUGGCUUCUUUGAAUUGCAGCCGAAGGAGGGACUUGCAUUGGUUAAUGGCACAGGAGUUGGUUCUGGCUUGGCUUCCAUAGUGCUCUUUGAGGCUAACAUCUUGGUUGUUUUGGCGGAAGUUUUAACAGCAAUUUUUGCCGAAGUUAUGCAAGGGAAGCCGGAGUUUGCGGAUCAUUUGACGCAUAAACUGAAGGGACAUCCCGGACAGAUUGAAGCUGCUGCUAUAAUAGAACACAUUUUGGAUGGAAGUUCUUAUGUCAAGGAAGCACAGCAGCUGCAUGAAACUAAUCUCCUUCGAAAGCCAAAACAAGAUCGUUAUGCUCUUCGUACCUCGCCACAGUGGUUGGGCCCUCAGAUUGAAGUUAUUCGACUGUCCACCAAAUCCAUCGAGCGGGAGAUUAACUCGAUGAACGAUAACCCCUUGAUCGAUGUUUCAAGGAACAAGGCCUUGCAUGGUGGCAAUUUCCAGGGUACCCCAGUUGGUGUCUCAAUGGACAACACAAGAAUAGCUUUGGCGGCCAUUGGAAAACUCAUGUUUGCACAGCUUUCUGAGCUGGUUAACAACUUCUACAACAACGGGUUGCCUUCGAAUCUCUCUGGCGGACGGGACCCAAGCUUGGACUACGGGCUCAAGGGUGUGGACAUAGCCAUGGCAGCGUACUGCUCGGAGCUUCAGUAUCUUGCGAACCCCGUGACCACUCACGUCCAAAGUGCUGAGCAGCACAAUCAAGACGUGAACUCGUUGGGUUUGAUUUCGGCAAGGAAAACAGCUGAAGCAGUUGAAGUCUUGAAGCUGAUGGCCUCAAACUAUUUGGUUGCACUUUGCCAGGCUAUAGACUUGAGGCAUUUGGAGGAGAAUCUGGGGAACAGCGUCAAGCUUGCAGUUAGCAAUGUUGCGAAAAGGGUUCUAACGGUCGGAGGCGCUGGGGAUCUCCAUCCAUCAAGGUUUUGUGAGAAAGAUUUGCUCAAAGUAAUCAACGAUGAACCUGUUUUUACUUACAUCGACGAUCCGUGCGGUGAACAUUCUGUCCUUGUACAGAAACUGAAGCUAGUCUUGGUCAAUCAUGCACUGGCAAACAACGAUGACAUGACGAACCCAAAUGCUUCAAUCUUUCUGAAGAUUGGUGCAUUUGAGCGAGAAUUGAAGACAGUUUUGCCCAAAGAAGUUGAGGAGACUAGAUUUGCUUUUGUGACUGGCUAUCCAGCUACUCGAAACCGGAUCGAGAACUGCAGGUCCUAUCCGUUGUAUAAGUUUGUGAGGGAAGAGCUAGGAACUGAAUUUUUGACCGGAGAGAAGAUCAGGUCUCCGGGAGAGGAUUGCGACAAAGUGUUUUCGGCAAUUUGCAGUGGAACGAUAAUCGAUCCGCUCCUGCACUGCCUCGAUGAAUGGGAUGGCAGUCCCCUUCCAAUAUGUUAAGAACUCUACCCUGUCCUAAAACAAUAAUGUUGAGAUAUAUGGUACUUAUGUACCCAAUCCAACAACUAUAGAACCGCAUACAUGACAUAUUUUCAUUGCAACAGAUUAAGCCCUAAGAAAAAUAUUAUCGAAAGCAAUCAGUCCGGAUUCUUCGUGCUCUGAUAGAUGCCCGGCCACAUUUAUAAGAACGGCGAGAAAAACGAAUGAAGAGUAUUUACCAAAUAUAGCCAAAUAUUCGCACUUGCUUUAAAAAAUGUUAGUUUUUAUAACAAUGCUCAAAUAUAUCCAAAAUUUUACUUAAAUAGACACAAAUACCUUAAAACUUUAAAACCAAAAAAACUAAAAAAAUCUAAACCCUAUUAGAUGAAUUUCUAAUGCCAAAAUCUAAGAAAUAGUGGAGACAUAGUGAAGGCAUCGACUGCAGGUGCAGACUGUGUAGCCCUAAACAACAAUGAGUUAAGAUGAUUAUUUUUUGCAUUUUUCCUCGCCUACAUUUUCUUUUUCUUGUUUCAAUUUUUUCCAUGUUUCGGUCAGUGCCUGUUUCUAGUUCUUUAGUUUCGCUAAAUUUUGGGAGAGAGAUAGAUAAUAUUUAAAUGUGAUUUUGUGAUUUUUGGUUCUUUGCUAUCUCUGUAAUUAUGGUGAUCAAAAUUGUUAUCACAAACAAUUUUCUUAUUUAUUCAAAGUUCCAGCAUAAUCAUAAUCACUUUUUUUCCUCAUUGUUUUGCUUAUAAAAGGAUUUGUAUCUGUUUAAGUGAAAUUUUGAAUAUAAUUGAAAGUUUUUAUAAAAAAUGACAUUUUUGAAAUUAUUGAUAUAUUCCCAAAAAGUGAAAGCAAGUAAGAAAGGAUUCAGGAAAUAAGCCAUACGAAUGAAGUUGAGGUGAGAUACAGAAAAUGUUCUACUUGUGCCGACAGCGUUGUACAAACUAAUUUGGCCCUUGACACCGAUUUACGCUCGGCUGAAACAUAAGAGUACGAACUAACUACAUAAUUUGAAUUUACAUUACCAUCAUUUGAACGCAAGGCAUCUCAAAA